AUGGAGCACGGCCAGGCGACUAACCGCGUCGACGAGUACGGCAACCCGGUGGCCGGGCAUGGCGUCGGCACCGGCAUGGGGGCGCACGGCGGCGUGGGCACCGGCGCGGCCGCUGGUGGGCAUUUCCAGCUCACGAGAGAGGAGCACAAGGCCGGAGGGAUCCUGCAGCGGUCCGGCAGCUCUAGUAGCUCCAGCUCGUCUGAGGAUGAUGGCAUGGGCGGGAGGAGGAAGAAAGGCAUCAAGGAUAAGAUAAAGGAGAAGCUUCCGGGUGGCCACGGCGACCAGCAGCAGACCGCUGGCACCUACGGGCAGCAGGGUCACACCGGAAUGACCGGCACCGGGGCGCAUGGUACAGCAGCCACUGGCGGCACCCACGGGCAGCAGGGACACACCGGAGUGACCGGCACGGGGACGCACGCCACCGACGCACCGGCGAGAAGAAGGGCAUCAUGGACAAGAUCAAGGAGAAGCUGCCCGGACAGCACUGAGCCCGGCCCACGGCCGCUACUUGUGAAAGUUUGA